AUGAUUAAUAAUGAAAAUGAAUGUAAUAAUAAAGAUGAGGGUAUGAAAUCAAAACCAAUUUUCAUAAUGAAUAGUUUUCUACAAAAAAUUUUUUGUAGUAAUUUUUCUAGACUAAUUAUGAAAGAAAGUAAAAAAGUAAAAUAUAGAAUGGAAAUAUUUAUAAUAUUAUUAAUAGGAAUUUUGAGUUUUUUAAUUCGUUUAUUUUCAGUAUUAAGAAAUGAGCCUAUAAUACAUGAAUACGAUCCAUAUUUUAAUUAUAAAUUAACAAAUAUAUUAAAUGAAAAAGGUUUUUAUGAAUUUUGGAAUUAUUUUGAUGAUAAAUCUUGGUUCCCAUUAGGUAGAAUAACAGGACAAACCUUAUUUCCAGGAUUAAUGAUAACCAGUUUUUUAAUUCAUAAAAUUUUCCAUUUUUUUGGAUUUUUAGUUGAUGUUAAAAAUAUAUGUAUAUAUAUAGGACCCAUAUUUAGUUUUUUUACAUGUAUAAUAUCUUAUUUAUUGACAAAAGAAAUUUAUCAUUUUAGCGGAGCUGCUUUAUUAUCUUCAUUAUUUGUAUCCAUCUCUCCAUCCCAUAUAUCAAGAACAGUAGCAGGUUCUUAUGAUAACGAAUCUAUAUCCAUAUUUUUACUACUCUUAUGUAUUUAUAAUUGGAUUAAAUGCUUAAAAAAAGGAACUCUUUUAUCCGUUUUAAUAUGUUCUGUUUCUACUUAUUAUAUGGCUUUAUCAUGGGGGGCAUAUAUAUUUAUAAUAAAUUCAAUUAGUUUAUUUAUGUUAGUUAUUAUAAUUUUAAAAAAAUGUACUAUUAAGCAUUGUAUACUUUAUAACGUUUACUAUAUAUUAACGACCAUAUUAUUCCUUAAUAUCCCAUGUAUAAAUCAUUUAGUUUUUACGAGUAUUGAACAUCUGGCAACUCAUGCAAUUUAUUUGCUUUGUACUUUGCUUAUAUUUUUUCAUUUCAUAAUUACCUACUUUAAAUUAAAUGAGCAAAAUUUUAAAAAAAAAUUUAUUCAGAUAUCAUUUAUUUUUUUUAUUUUAAUUUUCAAGUUUUUAGUUUUUACUGAUAAAUUGUCAUGGAAUCAUAGAUCAAGGACAUUAUUGGAUCCUACUUAUGCAUCAAAACAUAAUCCAAUUGUUGCAUCCAUUUCUGAACAUCAGCCAACUACUUGGUCUUCGUAUUUUUUUGAUAUACAUUUAGUUUUACUUUUCUUCCCUAUUGGCUUAUAUAAAUGUUUAAAAAGAAAUGCAACAAUGGAGUUGUUUUUUAUGGGAAUUUUUUCAAUUUUAUGUUUAUAUUUUUCAUCACUUAUGGUUCGAUUGCUUUUAAUAUUUUCUCCCUUUGCAUGUAUAUUGAGUGGUAUAGGUUUGUCUUCCUUAAUAGGUCAUUAUGUUAUAUUUUUUAGAAUUCCAAGAAAUACUUUUCUCUCAUCUAUUGUUAUAAAAAGUGAAUAUCAGAAUUAUUUUAAUACAAAUAAGCAUAAUGACAAUCAUACUAAUAAUAAAAAUAAUAUUUUUAGUUAUAUGAAAAAUGAUAAUAAGAAUGAUAUCAUUAACAGUAAUUGUGACAAUGCUAAUAAUAAUAAUAAUUGUGAAAGCAAAGAAAAUAAAACUUUUUUAAAAAAAAUUUUUAAAUUUUGGAAAAGGAACAAAACAAAUUAUUUAAAUAAUGAUUGUGUUACAAAAGAAUACAAAUAUUUCAAAAAAAAUGAGAAUUCUUCAAAAGACAAUAAAGAAUAUGAACAAUGUUAUUUAUUAAAUGAAGAAAAAAUUAAUGCAAAUAUAAAUGAUAUGAAAAAAACUAAAAAAAAAAAGUUUUAUAAUAAUAACGUAUUAACAAACGAUGAUAGAUAUAAUCAAAUGAUAUUAAGAAAAUUAAAUUUUAAUAGAGUAGAAAAUGAUAGCUUAUCUAUAUUAACAAGUAUGAUUAUAAUUAUUCUAUUAAUCUAUUAUGUAAUCUUAAUUAUUUUUCAUUCCACUUGGUGCUCAUCUAUAGCAUAUUCGGAAUCUAAUAUAACUUUUUAUAGUAGAAAUAAAAAUGGUGAUAGAUAUAUUAAUGAUGAUAUUAGACAAAUGUAUAAAUGGAUUAAUAAAAACACAAAAAAAGAUUCUAAAAUAGUUGCUUGGUGGGAUUAUGGAUAUCAACUAAGUGUUAUGAGUGAUAGAAUAACAUAUAUUGAUAACAAUACUUGGAAUAAUACGCAUAUAGCAACUAUUGGUUUGAUACUAAGUACUAAUGAAAAAAAUGCGUAUGAAUAUUUAAAAAAAUUAGAUGCUGAUUAUUUAUUAGUGUCAUAUGGGGGAUAUUCUAAAAACUCUUCAGAUGAUUUAAAUAAAUUUUUAUGGAUAUUAAAAAUAACAAAUAAAAGUUAUAAUUUUAUUAACCCCUUACUAUAUUAUUACCAUGAUAAAUAUCAUCCCUUAGGAAAAAACGCUACACCUUUCAUGAUUAAUAGCGUUUUGUAUAAGUUGUCAUAUUACAAUUUAACAAAUUCUGAAGUAAAAGGAUAUGAUUAUAUUAGAAAAAUUGAAAUACCUGAAAUAAAAAACUUGACUUAUUUUGAAGAAGUAUUUACAUCUGAUGUAUGGGGAUUUCGUUUAUAUAAAAUUAAGGAAUAUGUUUAA